AUGGACAGCUCAGCCUCUGUUCACUUAAGAAAUGCUUUAAGCGCCGUUCACAGUCCACAACUUAUACAAAAUAAUGAAAAGCAGCCCGUGCCAGUGGAUUUAAAUACAGCCCUUUCUCUGUUGGCAAGGCCAACAACAGCUCUCCCAGCAUCAUUCCCAUACUUCAGUCCAUUUUCCUUCCCGGAUCCAUCAGCCCUAUUUGCAUUUUCACAGCUCCGUUCCAAUUUGCCGAAUUAUCAAACGGCGACGAUAAUAUCGCCUCUAUUGUCUGCAACUGUCACAAGUACAAAUGCCAUAUCCGCACCAAGCCCUCGGUCCGUCUCCUCUUAA